CGUCAAUGACAGCUCGCGAUUGGUCCUUAGCCGUAUCCGGUGGGGCAGCGGUCCAGGGUUUGGGAAAAAUCGAAGCUAGUAUUUGAUACGCUUGGAGAAAUACCAUCUACACCAGGACAGUACCAUUGGGCUCGGUUAGAAGUUGCAGAUUUUUUCUCUGAGGUUGUAGGUCGUGGAGCAGGUCGCGAUGGCGUCAGGCAGCACGAGCAGUGAGGAGGAGAGGAGCCUGAGGGAGUGUGAGCUCUAUGUGCAGAAACACAACAUCCAGCAGCUUCUCAAAGACUGCAUUGUCCAGCUGUGCACCUCCAGGCCAGACAGACCCAUGGCCUUCCUUAGAGAGUACUUUGAGAGGCUGGAGAAGGAGGAAGCAAAGCAGAUCCAGAGCCAGCAGAAGGCCAGCAGCUCGCGCUCCGACUCGCGCGACGAGGAAGUGUCCCCGCCCAUGAACCCCGUGGUGAAGGGGCGCCGGCGGAGAGGAGCGUUCAGCGCAGAGGUCUACACGGAGGAGGACGCCGCGUCAUACGUCCGCAAGGUCAUUCCCAAAGACUACAAAACAAUGGCCGCCCUGGCCAAAGCCAUCGAAAAGAACGUGCUUUUCUCACACCUGGAUGACAACGAGAGGAGCGACAUCUUUGAUGCCAUGUUUCCAGUGACCUACAUUGCCGGGGAGACAGUCAUUCUGCAGGGCGAUGAAGGUGAUAACUUCUACGUUAUCGACCAAGGGGAAAUGGACGUGUAUGUGAAUAAUGAGUGGGUGACCAGCAUUGGGGAGGGGGGCAGCUUCGGAGAGCUGGCCCUGAUCUAUGGGACGCCCAGGGCAGCUACGGUCCGAGCCAAGACCAACGUCAAGCUGUGGGGCAUCGACAGAGACAGCUACAGGAGAAUACUCAUGGGCAGCACCUUGAGGAAGAGGAAGAUGUAUGAAGAGUUCCUCAGGAAGGUCUCCAUUCUAGAGUCUCUGGACAAAUGGGAGCGCCUGACAGUGGCCGACGCCCUGGAGCCUGUGCAGUUUGAGGACGGCCAGAAGAUCGUGGUGCAGGGAGAGCCAGGGGAUGAGUUCUUCAUCAUCCUUGAGGGUUCUGCGGCCGUGUUGCAGCGCCGGUCAGAGAACGAGGAGUUUGUGGAGGUGGGGAGGCUAGGACCCUCCGACUACUUUGGCGAGAUCGCGCUGCUGAUGAACCGCCCCCGUGCGGCCACAGUGGUGGCCCGCGGCCCUCUGAAGUGUGUGAAGCUGGACCGGCCGCGGUUCGAGCGCGUCCUAGGCCCCUGUUCCGACAUCCUCAAGCGCAACAUCCAGCAGUACAACAGCUUCGUCUCGCUCUCCGUCUGAGGAAGAUUCCUGUCCUGUCCUCCCUCCGCCUCCUCUCCUCCUCUCCUCACCUCCUCAUCCACCUCCCUUACUCCUGCUUCCCUGGUGCCUCCCCUAAACCCUCCCUCUUCCUUCCCUAAAUCCACUUUUUAGACCCAGGGUCCACCAAUGCAAUUAGCUUUUUCUUUUCGGUCACUUACUCUGUUAGCUUCUUUUUUGUUGACUACUGUUAUUAUUCUUUGUUUGUUGUCGUCAUUUUUACAUGCAUUUUACUUGCUGCUCCCAGUGGCCCUAGCUCACCCCCUCCAAGCCCCACGGGUCUUUCCCAGAGCACCUAUUAUAAAGAGCCUCUCUCUGCACUCACAGGUCUAUCUAUCUAUUUUUGGCACCUCUAGUUUGAACUCUGGACUGGGUUGUUAGGGGUUCAUGUCCCACCAGUCCCAGUGAUGAUAUUUGACAAUCAGUCUUUACUGAAUCCCCCCCCCCCACCCUGUGUACUUUAAUUAGUUGGCUAGAGGUGAAACAAAAGCGUAAAAGUAUAAUUCAUCUUAACAAUGUCCCUGUGUAGAGUAUGUUGGGUAGAUACGGUGGAUAUCUAAUGUAGACCAGAAUCUUGCUAAGUCUUAGCUGGCCACACAUGAUCCUAUGUCUUUGUUUGGCCAUAUUUGGUUCUUGGCCCUGCUAAUCGAUGGCUUUCUUUUCUGGCCACUGACAAUGUUGUCACAUUUACCUUCCAUUAUUGAAAAGGUUUGGCUUGUCAA